UGGAAAUAAAAAGAACGAGGAGUAUUUUUGUGUGAAAAAUCGAGUAAAGAUAGCGGAAACAAGAGACAAGAAUAAUCUGUCGAUCCGCGUUUGCCAAAAAACCGAUAGGAUGAUCGGACCAUCAUCAGGAACCACUGGUGAAGUCACCGAAAGCUGCGCUUCUUCCGAGCGAAAGGUCUUCGACGAUCUGGACGUUGAUAGUCCAAAGCGAAAGGUCUUCGACGACCUAGACAUUGACAGCCCAAAGCGAAAGGUCUUCGAUGACCUGGACGUGGACAGUCCAAAGCGAAAGAUCUUUGACGAUUUGGAUGUCAACAGUCCUAAGCGAAAGCUCUUCGACGAACUGGACAUUGACAGUUUCUGCGACGAGGUUCGCCAGACGAAUCGCAAACGUUACCUCCCGGAAUUGGAGACUCCAGUGGAACUGGUAACAAUGCCGAAUGAGAUCAUCACCAAUGCAGCGGCCCUCUUCUCACCAAUGUCCAUCCAGGAGACUGUCGAGGAGUCACAGGUGGCGCGUCUGGAAGUAUUGCUGGUGGAUGGCACCAACUGCACCUGGACGACUGUGUCGGAGUUGGAGCAACAGCAGAGUCUCGACGUCUUCGUAACUUCAUCUUCCUCGUCGUCAUCCUCCUCUUCCUCUUCAUCGAUCUCUUCUGGACGUGCUGAUCAUCUCCCUGCGGAAACCUACACCAUUGAGGAGCUCAAUUAUCAACCAGGAGUGUCGGCGAAUUACUGGGAACCAGAUCCCCUCGCCAAUUUGAACACGCAGCAAAAUAGAGGAAUGACGAGCAAUGAUCAUCAUCAACAGCAGCAGCAGCAGCAGCAGCAACAACAGCAAUUCGAGGAUCAGGAAAAUGGCAAUCUGUCGUGGCUGCUGGAUUUCAAGUUGGACUCGUUCAUCGAAGCCGCGGACGAUAGGUCCGCCGUGGGACCCGCCAUGACAACAAAGAACAAUUAUUGUGGCAACAAGAAUAAACUGAACGGAAGGUCGCAUGGCUCCAAUUACGUCAACGACGUCAGGAAAGGACAUGGCAAUCACGAAAAUUCGGUAGUGUAUCGACAGGACUCGAAUCAGGCGACUUAUCCCGCUAACGGAAUUGACAGUCGGAAUUUUUCGUCUUCGUCUCGAUCCAAUGGGCCGAAGAAGCCACCCUUCACCUACACAGAAUUGAUAGAGCACGCGCUGCAGGAGAGAGGCGAACUCACCGUCUCCGCUAUUUAUCAGUGGAUCUCCGAGCAUUUUCCUUAUUACAAAAGCAACGACGAUCGCUGGAAGAACUCAGUCCGGCAUAAUCUCUCGAUAAAUCCGCACUUUAGAAAAGGAUCGAAAGCGCCUCAUGGGGCGGGUCAUCUCUGGGCAAUUGCGAAUCGUGGCGACUACACAUCUCGUCCUUUCGCUGUUAACGGCUUAACGACUACUACACCGACGCGACAAACAGCGCAAAAUGACAAUGAAGAAUCUCGAAAUAACGAAAUCAUUAGUGAAAUCAUAGACGAGGUGGAGGCUGCGACGGCGAGCAUUGCGCAGCCGAAUUCCGAGGAAGAUACCGACAUUAUACUGAAUUCUGUAACACUCGAGCAUUCCGCUGAGCAAAUACUCAACGGCAUAAAACGUGAUGUAGAGGUGCAAUACUUAGUACCUAUGAUGAUGACCAACAACGAUUCCGAAGCGAGCCAACAGAGCCAGCAGAUCACGCAGCAAACGGAGCUUCAAUGCCCCUUCAAGGAAAGCGAUUUCCUGAACCCGGUGUCCAAGGAAGUCGUCGCCGAGGAAUGCGGACUUGUGAGCGAGGGAUACCUAGUCACGGAUUUGAAUCCGAAUGCCUUGGGAUUGAACAUUGGAAUCGAUCCUGAUAUCAUAGAGUCAGAAAAUCUCUUCGGCGAGGAGCUCAGCUUUCAGUUUUACGAAUUGACGUCGCCGUCGCAGCUGCAAUCCGCUUGACACACGGACGGCAAUGGCAAAGUACGUUUUAUCGUGAUCGACGAAGUUCAGAUACAGAACGCGCAAUCGCCUGACGACCGGACAGUUCGCGACGUCGUCGAAACUGAAGGAAACAUCCCGGAGCGGGAAGACUUCCAGAAAAUGUCGCCUGGCAACGAAGAAUAUACGAUGACAACGAAAAGCUGAUCUCGUUUAAGAAAUUUUCAUGAUGACUAUUUACAGGGAUAUUCGAUCAUUUUAUUCGACGCGGCUGCUAAAAUAGUUAAAAGCCAACUUAACUGAACCAGUUAAUUGAUAUCUGACUGCUUAUCGGAUGGAUAACGAAGUCAAGCGUGCAAAUACGAGAAAAUCAUAUCUCUCAAAAGCAAUGUAAUUCAAUUUGAUAAUCAUCGAAGAAUUUCAGCGUAGCCGAAGUGAGAUCCGUAAAUAAAUAACAUAUUUACAUAUUCGUCCAACGUGUGCCUGGUUAAGUGUCUUAAGAAAAAGCGUCAUUUAUCAACUAUGCAUUAGAAUAAUUUCUUCUAGUCUUUUGCGAAGUGU